CCGUUGCUGGUCCCGCUGCCCGUCGCUCUGUCUACCCUGGUCGGUUUGGUGUGGUCCCCACCCCUCCCUGCGGAGUGCGGUGCUUUCUCUUCUCGUGGGGCUUUGUAGGAUUUGGCCUGGUAGGAGGCUGGCGAUACCACGGCCUGCUCCGGCUCAUCGUUUGGCGUCAGAGUUACACUUCAAAGUGAAGUGUCAAAAUGGAAGUUAAAGGAUAAUAACUGGAAGAAAAUAGAGAAGGACAAACUCUGGAUUAAGGGUGCCUGGUGGAGAAUGCAAUGGGAUCAAUAGCAUGUCUGCGGAAAGUGGCCCUGGGACAAGACUGAGAAAUUUACCAGUAAUGGGGGAUGGACUAGAAGCUACACAAAUGUCUACAACACAGGCACAGGCCCAACCCCAACAAGGCAAUACUGUAGCCAUUAACCCACCUCCACCAGAAACUGCAAAUCCUAACAGACCCAAGCGUAUGACCAACCAGCUACAGUAUCUGCUCAAAGUGGUGCUUAAGACACUAUGGAAACACCAGUUUUCAUGGCCUUUCCAGCAGCCUGUGGACGCUGUCAAACUAAACCUCCCUGAUUAUUAUAAAAUUAUUAAAACUCCUAUGGACAUGGGAACAAUAAAGAGACGUUUGGAGAAUAACUUCUACUGGAAUGCUCAAGAAUGUAUCCAGGACUUCAAUACAAUGUUUACAAAUUGUUAUAUCUACAAUAAGCCAGGGGAUGAUAUAGUUUUAAUGGCAGAAGCUUUAGAAAAGCUUUUUCUCCAGAAAAUCUCUGAAAUGCCCCAGGAAGAAACUGAAAUUGUUAUAGUCCAGGCAAAAGGAAGAGGACGUGGUAGAAAGGAACCAGUUACAUCCAAGGCAGGAGCAUCAACGAUACAGAAUACAACGCAGACAUCAUCCCCAGCUCAGACACAAGCUCCACAGCAGAAUCCUCAGCCGGUGCAAACAACUCAUUCCUUUCCUCCUGUGACCCCUGCUGACCUUAUUGUUCAGACGCCUGUAAUGACUGUGGUGCCUCCCCAGCCUCCUGCCCCACCGCCACCUCCUGCACCUCCAGCUUCAGCCCCCCAGCCCAUUCAAACACACCCACCAAUUAUCCCAACAACUGCACAGCCCAUGAAGACAAAAAAGGGUGUAAAGAGGAAAGCAGACACUACAACUCCAACAACAAUAGACCCAGUUCAUGAAUCCUCAUCACUGCCCACUGAACCCAAGUCUGCCAAGACGGGUCCACGAAGGGAAACUCGACCUGUGAAGCCUCCAAAGAAAGAUGUUCCAGACUCUCAGCAGCACGUGGUAGAGAAGAGUAACAGUAACAAAGUGUCAGAGCAAUUAAAGUAUUGUAGUGGCAUUAUAAAAGAGAUGUUUGCUAAAAAGCAUGCUGCUUAUGCAUGGCCCUUCUACAAACCUGUGGAUGUGGAAGCACUGGGACUUCAUGACUAUUGUGAUAUCAUAAAGCAUCCCAUGGAUCUGAGCACAAUUAAAUCCAAACUGGAGAACCGGGAUUAUAGAGAUGCUCAGGAAUUUGCAGCUGAUGUCCGAUUGAUGUUUUCCAAUUGCUACAAGUAUAAUCCUCCUGAUCACGAGGUGGUUGCUAUGGCACGGAAAUUGCAGGAUGUUUUUGAGAUGCGCUUUGCUAAAAUGCCAGAUGAACCUGAAGAACCCGUGAUACCAGCUUCCUCCCCAGUAGUGGUGCAGCCCCCUCCCAAAAUGCCCCCACCUUCGUCCAGUGAUAGCAGCAGUGAUAGCUCUUCUGAUAGUGACAGUUCAUCAGAUGAUUCCGAGGAGGAGCGAGCACAGCGGCUAGCAGAACUUCAGGAACAGCUUAAAGCAGUACAUGAGCAGUUGGCUGCCUUGUCCCAGCCCCAACAGAACAAACCAAAGAAGAAAGAAAAAGAUAAGAAAGAAAAGAAGAAAGAGAAGCACAAAAAGAAAGAAGAAGUGGAAGAGAAUAAGAAAAAUAAAACCAAGGAUCCUCCACCUAAAAAGGCCAAGAAAAGUAACAGCAGCAGCAGUAACUCAAGUAAGAAGGAGCCUGUGACUGUGAAGAACACCAAGCCACCUCCUGCUUAUGAAUCUGAGGAGGAGGACAAAUGUAAGCCAAUGUCUUAUGAGGAGAAAAGACAAUUGAGCCUGGACAUUAAUAAACUCCCUGGUGAAAAACUAGGUCGGGUUGUCCAUAUCAUCCAGUCAAGAGAACCCUCACUCAAAAACUCCAAUCCUGAUGAGAUUGAAAUUGACUUUGAGACAUUAAAGCCAUCCACGUUACGGGAGCUGGAGAGAUAUGUAACAUCUUGUUUACGGAAGAAGAGGAAACCUCAAGCAGAGAAAGUGGAUGUAAUUGCUGGUUCCUCUAAAAUGAAGGGGUUCUCCUCCUCAGAGUCUGAGAGCACCAGUGAGUCCAGCUCCUCCGACAGUGAAGAUUCAGAAACAGAAAUGCCCCCAAAACUUAAGAAAAAAGGACAUUCUGGACGUGAACAGAAGAAGCAUCACCAUCACCACCAUCCACAGGUGCAGCAGCAGCAGCAAUUGCAACCCCAGCAGCUGCCACCGCCCCCACCACCUGUCCCUCAACAAGUAGCCCCUCCAGUCAAGUCCUCGCCUCCAGCUUUUGUUCCAGCGCAGAUCCCAGUUAUGGAGCAUCCACUCCCAGGGAACAUGUUUGACACUAUCUCACAUUUCACUCAGCCGAUUAUGCAUCUUCCUCAACCAGAGAUGCCUCCCCAUCUCCCACAGCAGCCUGAGCACAGCACUCCUCCUCACUUGAAUCAGCAUACAGUGGUGUCCCCUCCAGCUUUGCACAACGCUCUGCCUCAGCAGCCCUCCCGACCCAGCAAUCGAGCUGCCGCCCUCCCCCCCAAACCCUCUCGGCCUCCAGCAGUGUCGCCAGUUCUUAACCAGCAACCCAUGCUUCCCCAGCCUGCGCUCCCCCAGCCUCCCCAGGUUCUUCUGGAGGAUGAAGAACCUCCUGCCCCUCACCACAACCUGCCCCUGAGCAACAGCCAGAUGCAGCUAUACCUACAGCAGCUGCAGAAAGCGCAGCCACCAACGUCUCUCCUCCCUUCAGUGAAGGUCCAGUCGCAGCCUCAGCCACCCCUACAGCCUCCCGCUCAUCCUCCAGUGCAACAGUUGCAGCAUCAGCCACAGCAGAGGCCAGUACAUAUGCAGCCCAUGCAGUACCCUUCCCAUAUCCCUCAAUCUCAGGCGCCUCCACAGCAGCACCUACCCCCGCAGCAGCAGCAGCAGCAGCAGCCACCACCCCAGCAGCCGUCAAAGCCCCAGCAAGUCAUCCAACACCACCCAUCACCGCGGCAUCACAAGCCGGACCCGUAUUCAGCCGGUCACUUGAGAGAAGCACCUUCCCCUCUCAUGAUGCAUUCCCCACAGAUGCCACAGUUCCAGGGGCUGCCACACCACUCUCCACCACAACCAAAUGUCCAGCCAAAAAAACAGGAACUGAGAGCAGCGUCUGUGGUUCAGUCACAGCCUAUGGUGAAAGAGGACAAGAUGCAAUCCCCAGUCAUCCGAAAUGAGGCUUUCAACCCAGCCUUGCGGCAGGACCCUCCCAAACACCCAGAAAGCAUCAAGCCACCUGCACAUAUCCAACAACGAACAGAGAUGAAGCCAGUGGACAGUGGACGGCCUGUUAUAAGACCCCCUGAGCAAAAUGCACCACCUGGAGUUCAGGACAAAGAAAGACAAAAGCAGGAACCAAAAACACCAGUUGCCCCUAAAAAGGAUCUAAAAAUAAAGAACAUGGGCUCCUGGGCAAGCUUAGUGCAGAAGCAUCCCACCACACCGUCUUCUACUGUAAAGUCUAGUAGUGACAGCUUUGAGCAGUUCAAGAGGGCAGCCCGGGAAAAGGAAGAGCGUGAGAAGGCCUUGAAAGCUCAGGCAGAACAAGCAGAGAAGGAGAAGGAGCGGCAGAGGCGGGAGCAAGAGAGAAUGAGGAGUCGUGAAGAUGAGGAUGCGCUGGAGCAAGCUCGCCGAGUUCAUGAAGAGGUCCGGCGGCGCCAGGAGCAGCAGCAGCAGCAGCAUCAACAGCCUCAGCAGCAGCCACAGCAGCAACCACCUCCACCGGUGCCAGCUGCAGCUUCUGCUCCACAAGCACAGAGCUCUCAGCCGCAGUCUUCUCAGUCCAUGCUGGACCAACAGAGAGAGAUGGCCAGAAAACGAGAGCAGGAACGAAGGCGCAGGGAGGCAAUGGCAGCUACUAUUGACAUGAAUUUCCAGAGUGAUUUGUUGGCAAUAUUUGAAGAGAAUCUUUUCUAAUAGCACCUGGUUUUCUUCUCCUGACUCUUAAUUUCCCGGCAAAUCUUUGACUCUCCAUAGUGUUGUUGGCGGCUGGGAGGAGUGCAUUCCUGCAGCCUUCUGCAUGUAUGACAGUUGCGGCCUCAGAAGAAUCAGCAGAGUCUGCCUUACAAUUUGACUUUCUUCCCCACCCCCCCACCUCACUGAAGAAAGAGAGACCAAGACACAAGCUAACUCUGUACUAGGUUUGAGUCGGUGGACAUGCAGUAGCUGGGAAGGAUGCCCCUGAUCACUUGAUAUUCUCUAUGCCAAACUUACUUGCAGUAUAUCCAGGACUUUAUGCUGUUCACCCCUUUUCUAUUCAUAAGAAUUCUUGAGUUGCAGAAUGUCUGUGACCCUACAGUGCACAAGACACUCUGCAUUAAGAGGCUGUGUACACGAAGACCCUGCCUGGGCUUCAGCAGGGAAGACACACAAGCUGUUUUUGGUCCUUUCGUCACUGGCUUUGCCUUUAACUAAACUUCCCACAAGCCUUUAGCUGGGAGCCAUUCUCUGUAAGUGUUCGCUUGUGAAAAAGGGAAUAAUUUAGUGGAGGUGUCAAGUGUAACUGGCCAUUUGAGUGAGGUUUUUUUGUUUUAGCAUUGUGUGGAGGUCCAGGAAUCUGAGCUAGACUACCAACCAAAGUCGGUUUCUUUCAAUCUGUUUAUUUUCCUCCAGACGAAUUGGCACUGCUCAACUCUUGAGUGGGUAUUCUUGUCUCUUCAUUACGGAGUGGAGUGGAGUGGGGAAAACAUUAGCACCAGGGGAAGCUCCCACCCUGUCAAUAGUGUUUUGACUGUGGCUGUAUUGUAUAGUGAAUAUAGUUGGCAUAUAUUUGUUUGAGUUCUAACUGGUGAGCCCACCAAACUCUGUAAAGACACUGCUUAUAUUUUGCUCAGUUCCAGACUUUUAGUCUAUAUUUUUAACUGUAAUACCAGAAAGCUACAUUUUGGGUUUUUAAAUGUCAUGACGUCUGUUAAGGUUAGUUUUUAUACAGCAAAGGAGCAGCUCACAGGAGGGCAGGUGGUGGGAGUGGACUUGGGUCAGGAGGAAGGAAGCCCUGCUGCUGUUGCCUUCGGUUGAGCCUUCUCUCUCACACUUAGCAGUGAUCAGUUUCCCAGCACCUUUAGUGUGUUCUUUUCAUUUUACUCUUUGAAUUGUUCCAAGUUUAUGUGCCAUAAAUACCCACUAUACAGUACAAUACUGGUGUGUCAGUAUUGGCCAAGCUCUGGAGUAAUUAAUUGGUUUUACUUUAAUACGGUGAAUAUGCAUUUGGUCUGUACUGAUCAUGGAAUAAACUCAUCUCUUUUUUUUUAAAGCUGGUGUCGUACUGACAUUUCUUUUAAAUCCUGCUUGUGUUAAAAAGGGGAGCAAGAAUUCAGAGAACAGCUUGUUCCCUCUCACCUGUCUUAUUCCAGUAGGGAAGAGAGGAAAUCUUCAGCCAUGGGGUUUCCAACUUGUCACCAACCUAGGGGAGGUUCACCCUGGAAGCAGCAAUAUAAGAGCAACAGAAUUCCAUAGAACCUGUACUGAGACCAAGUAUCCAACAGUUGGUUCCUUCUCAGCAAAGACUGGCCCAGAGGGGACUUCCAUCAUGGCUGGUUUAACUGCAGCUCUAAACCAAAAGUUAGGGAAGAGCACACAGUGACUUUUCUCAGUGACUUUCCUGCAGAGCACAUGUUUCAGAGAGAGUACAAUGCUGCUUCUAAAAGCAAAAACUGGUUUAUUUCUGGAGUGAGAAAAAGGAAAGAUUUGCCCUACACCUAGUGAAUUGUGAUCCACCAUGUUGGUAGCAAAAGCUUUUUUAAAAAAAAUGGCUGCCUGAGAAGUACUAGAGUAGUGGUAUUUGGAUAGGCUGUAGCUGUCCCUAUAAGGAAUCUAUAAAAGCAAAGGAAGAAAUGGAUAUGCACAUCACCUUUCUAUGCAUUUUGCCCAACAAGAGGUGUUGCAGGAACUGUGAGCCACAGGAUUUGACAAAUGCAGACUUGCAAAAUUACAUUUGUGUUGCCAUUUUUAGUGGAUACUGCCCUUGGCUGAGUCGGUGGGCUGGGCUAUAUCACGUGAACACUGUUAUUCAGUGUGCUUGUUCCUGUUGGCUCAGACUUCCCCGACUAGCUGCCGGAGAGGAUGCUGUCACUCUACAUGUGAACAUCUCAGCCAUCUAUGCUUGUGCAGGUUCGGCCAACAAAAGCCCUAUUUUCUCUGUUACCAAAUUUUGGAAAGACCACUCACAGCCUACUAUCAUCUCUUCUCUUUGCUCACUUGAGACUAGAAGAAUCUGUCCUCCCAACAGAUUAUGGUUGGCACAAUUUGUAGAUCAACUGAGCCACGUAAAGUAUUACAGGGUGUAUGUUAUGAAAGUGGCAGGGCCCCAUGUAGCCUAAAUAGAUGCAGUUUGUGCCAGGCUACCUUCAAAUCUCCAAGCUUUGGGGAAAAUAUACUCUUCCCAUUCCUUACGUUCAUACCCUUUGUGGCCUGAGAGCUAUGGAAAAGGGGAAACAUGGAGUUAGUUCUCUACUACCUGUCAGUAGUAUAUCCUUGUAUUUUUCAGUUGUCUUUGCAUUAUUUUCAGGUCUUUUGCAGCAAGUAUGUAAUUGGGCUUGCUGCUUAGUACCAAGACCAGACUUAGAGACUGCCAUUGCCAGUCAGUGUGGCAGAUCACCUUUUGAAUCUGAUUCAGCUUUUAAUUGCGCAUUCAGAUAUUUAUGCCCUUGUCAGAGCUGCAGGCUCAUAUACCACUAUUGAUAACUCAGUGCACUAGCCAUGCACUGACAAGAAAGAAAUUAAAUUUUGGGGUCAAGAGUUUUUAGCAUUUUUGUGAGCAGCUGGUCUUUGUAUUAAAAUUUUACCUUAAGGUGCCUUUUUAGCUCUGCAUCAUUAGAAAAAAUCUCUGUAUUUUUACACAGAGAACCAGAUUGGUGGGUAGUUUGAGUGAGUGAAGGAAUGGAAGGAGGUGUGAUGAACCCAGGAUAGCUUGAUUGUUACCUGGCCCAAAAAAAAUUGAAGUGUAUGCUAAUGUUAAUGAGGCUUUCUUUCUACUGCUAUGAAUUACUGAAACUAAUCAAAUCUUGCUGUGCUUUCAUAUUCUUCCUGGCUUCAUUUCCAAGCCUGAUAUAUUUGUAUCAGGAAGGGCAUAGAAUUGUUGGCUGGCUGAGGCCAAUAACUGCCAUUAGGUUUAAAAUACAGUGGUGUGGUCUGAAGGAUGUUGGAUUCCUGAAGGUGGCACUCAGGCCUUGGGACACUGUACACGUAGGAACAUGUAGCAGCUCUUUUAGGACCAAUGAAUAGGUAGCUACCAUAAGCUCACCUGUAUAUAAAAAUGGCUUCCACCCUUUAAGUGCUGGUGUGUGGCCUUAUCACCCCCAGAAUGCUUGGAAUAUUGGCUCUCCAGUUCACACAGGUUCUUUGUGGCAGGCUUAGUUGAUGGACUAGCCUUUGCUUUUAAAUAGUCUCCCAGGAAGACUAAGAAAAAGGGGGCUCCUAAGAAAAAAGGGGCUCACAUAUCCUCAUGGCUGUAGCUCAGACCUAAGUGGAAAGAGCCCUUUGCCUGUGUCGCCAGCACAUCCUCUUUGCCACAGGUUCAUAAACUGGCCUUAAUCUUCUCAGUUUCUGUGCAGACCCAUUAUGGGGAAAUAAACACUUUGGUUUCUCUGAACACGUUCUGAUCCAUCCAGUUCCAUCACCAAUCCUUUCUCUCAGUAUUCCUUACUCCUAGAGCCCCCGCCCCCUUUUAUGAAGCACUUUGGAUGAUCAUCUCCCUCCUUUAAUUUUAAGCUCAGGGUUUUUGGGGUACUUUAAGUGCAUAUCCGCUGUACGAGUUGAUCACACAUGAAUUUAUCACAAUUGUACAUAAUAAAAACCACCACACUGGCAAAAAAUAAAGGCAUAACAAAAUGGAGAUGCUGGAACUUCUACCAAGAGAGCACCCUCGGUUGUACAAUUUAAAAAUAAAAUAUAAUUUAUAUGUAUGCAAAGAACAAUUCCCCCUUGUAUCUGGACACUAGUGUGGUUAGUCCUUUUUUUAAAACGUUUAGUGCUCUUUGCAUUUGCCAUUUGCCAAACAUUUCUUGUCAGUAGUUGAGAGUUCCACGUAGCGGUAGAGUUUUUUAGAUUGGUGGCUUACAUAACUGUCCUGUUCCUCUUCGCCAAUCCCCUCUUCUGCUCACUUUUAUCUUUUGCAAACUUCUUAAAAUGUUUACAAGCUUGCACCUAUAUAGGGUUUUUUGUUGUUGUUAAGCUGUACUUGGACUUUUAUUUUUAUGCAUUUCUGAAUGAUGAACAUAGAGUGGUAUUGUUAGCUGGAGAAAUGAUUUGUUGGGGGGGGUCUGCCAAAGGUUUUUUUUUUCCUUUUUGCUAUUCUUGUGUUUUAUUUUUCUGUUUUUACAAAAUGUUUCUGUGUUUAUAAUUUGGUUGUUAAUCAGACUGAGACAUAUUUAAAUUUUCCUUUCCCCCCAUGUAUGAUUUUUAACAAUUACAGACAUUAGAUGUAGGAGUCUCGCCUAAAUGAUAUGUAAUCUUGGUUAUUUUUUUCCCUUUCUUCAGUCCUGUACAAAUAAGAGAAAUGUACAAUCCCACUGUACUUAAUGCACGGAACGCUUGGCAAAUAAUUAUGUCAGUGAAUUUGAAACUUGUAUUAAACACUUUAGACAUUUGUAGAAGGGAAUUCAUAGAGUUUUCACUUAUAUACUAAAGGUUUUUUU